ACUGGUUACCAGCAGAGGCCUUCAUUCAUAAUAACAAUAUUUAUAAGACCUGCUUGGCUUGCUUAAGUGCAAGGUUCACUAAAAGAGCAAAAAAAAAAGCCCUUGCUCUUAAUGAUGAAUUGGAAAGCAUGAAUAAUCAAGUAGAAAAUCAAUUCAACGAUAAGAUAGAUGAG